GUGCGAUCUUCGCAUUUUGGAAAUAACUUAUAAAAUAUACGAUAAAUAAUGUUGUCGCGCGUGGCUUUGCGUUCAGGUGCGAGCAAACAGACCGCGUGCACAGCACUAGUCGCACGGGGCUCCGCCUCCGAUGUAGCAACACACGACCAGAAAACCUUUGCUCGCCCUGUAAGGGGUGAGCCAGGCAAAGUUAGACUUGGCUUUAUUCCUGAAGAAUGGUUCCAAUUCUUCCACUCGAAAACUGGUGUGACGGGUCCUUACACUUUUGGUGUGGGUCUGGCAACAUACCUGUGCAGCAAGGAAAUCUAUGUAAUGGAGCACGAAUAUUACUCCGGACUGUCACUGCUGGUCAUGGUGUAUGUGGCUCACGUGAAAUUCGGACCAAAAUUGGCUGCUUGGUUGGACAAGGAAGUUGAAGCGACCGAGAACGAAUGGAACGAAGGUCGGAACCAAACCGUGAAAGCACUGGAGGACGCAAUCGAGGGAGAGAAGACGGAGCAGUGGCGCGCGCAGGGACAGGAGCUCCUCAUCCAGGCCAAGAAGGAGAACGUGCUCCUGCAGCUCGAGGCCGCCUACAGGGAGAGGCUCAUGUACGCCUACUCCGAGGUGAAGCGGCGUCUGGACUACCAGCUCGAGAAGUCGAACGUGGAGCGCCGUCUCGCCCAGAAGCACAUGGUCGACUGGAUAGUGAGCAACGUGACCAAGGCGAUCACUCCGGACCAGGAGAAGCAGGCCCUGGACCGCUGCAUCGCGGACCUGGCUUCGCUGGCCAGGAAGUGAACGGAAGCGAACGUUAUUUAUGUAUAGAAGUGUAAUUAAAAUC